AUGUAGAAAAUAGCAUUGUACCUAUUUAUUAUUGCUACUAUAUUAAAUAUCUGUGUUACAGCUUAAAAAAGCGACUCAAAUAUUAAUAGAUUGCUGACACUUAAAAAGCCAUAAGUUUUAAAUCAAAAUCAAGAAUAUUAGCUUAAAAAGCAGAUUAAUCACUCAAAUCAUAUUAACUAAUUUAAAUAAGAUGAUAUUCAAUAUGAGGAAGGAGAUCCUUAGCCUGCUCCUGAACCAUAACCAGAACCUUAACCCGAUCCAUAACCUAAGCCAGAAGGAAAACCCGAUGAAGGUUCUCCUGAUAAUCCUAAUCCUCCAACAAGUAUUUGGGAUAGGUUAUGGUGGAGUUCUUAAUAGAAUUUAAUGUAUAAAUAUACAGGAUUGAUUAUUAUCUUACUUUGUAUUAUUUGA